AUGGAAAAUUUAGGUAAAAGCAAAUAUGAGAAUAGUUGAGAAUCUCGUCUUGUAGCUCAAGAGAAAGUCCUAGAUGCAGACACCUUUGGAGGUAUAGACCAGUAUGUCAUCACAGUAAAUGGUUAUAAGGACAAUGUGAGAGUUCUCAGAAGUGCGGAUCGUAAAGUUUUGUUCCAAAUCAAGCAAUUUUGAAAGCCAAAAUAUUUUCUAAAAAUCCCUCAAGAGUGCCCUAGCGAAGUUUAUAUCAGAAGAGAUAGAUCUGACACAGGGUUGGAUAUUUCUAGGUUCCUUAAAGCUAUUGAGAAUGCAGAAGUCAAUAGUUUUGAAUUUUUCAAUGCUAUUUCUUCUCCCCUUCUUUAUAUACGGUUGUAUAUGAGGUCUAUAAUCAAGAUCAUGUGCAACUCUAUUUCCUUCUUCCGUCUGUCACGUUUCAGGAUUAAUAAGAGGCAACUCAAUAUGCUUUUGGUCAGCUUGAACAAAGUGACUCACUUUGAGUUGAAAUAAGUGCUCAAUUGAAAUGGAUCAAAAGAAGUUGCAUUUCACUCCAAAGUCUAAAAAGAUAAAUCUAGUCUUUGACAAUCAAAGAGAUGAAUCAACAGGCAAUGACUCUUUUAAAGGCUCAUUUAUUGAGAACUUUUUCUGCAAGAUUUCAGAAACAGAGUUUGGCAAAUGAGUUGCUCAGAUUUUAUUUUCAAUAGACUUUGACAUAGAUCAAUUAAAAGGUAAUUGAAACGGUACCUUUGAAUCAAAAUUUUCACACAAAAUUGAGAAUGAACUUGAACUGAUGAGAGAAAGUUUUGGCCUUGACCAUAUACAGCUCAAGUUGUUAGGCCCAAACCAUGGGGAUGUGAUCUUGGUUAAGCCAAGAUUACCAAACUAA